CUAACAGGCUUAAGGGUACAUUUUUCAUACACGUGUUCGAUCCGUCAAAUUUUCUUCAAGGCCUUAGUAUCCAAUUCGUCAAUAAUUCAACAUCAGCUGCUUGAGAAUUGCUCGCCAGUCCAUCCUGGCUGCAGGCCUGCAGUGUAUAAAAAGCUCCUGCUACCUCCUCGCGUCAAUAAGCUUAAGCCAAGUAAGGAACUGCAGCAAUCAGGUAGCAACCGAUCGGUGUCCAUGGCGGCCACGAGUGCUCCCGAGAGCCUGCUGCUCUGCUUGACAGCAGUCGCCUUUCUUCACCACCUCCAGUGUCAGUACCCGGCUGCAGCUGCAACAUCGCUCAGGAAAAAUUGGAGCAGCGACGGCGGCAACGAGAGGACCCUCAACAUCACGCUGUACCAGCAGGAGACCAUCAACAAGACCGCGUACAUCGUCGUCGACGGCGUGGCCGGCGCGGGCGUCAGCUUGAUCACUGCGCCGUUCGGCACCAUCUACGUCUUCCGCGACGACCUCACGGUGCGCGCCGACAGGGCCUCCCCGGUGGCCGGCGUUGCAGAGGGGAGCUCCAUCAUCACCAGCCUCGACGGGCUGCAGAUCGUGUCGCUGAGCAAGGUCACCAUAGACCACCGCGGCUACCGGGGCUCCGUGUCGGUCCUCGGGGGCACCCACAGCACCAAUCCGUCCGAAUCCCCCGUGGUGGGUGGCACCGGCGACUUCGCGUACGCGCUGGGCUACAUCCGGUCGUCGCCGGUGGACCUGCAGGGAAGAAAGAUGACGUACAAGGUGGAGCUUCACCUGUACUGGCCUCCGUACGCCCACUACGCUCCUGUUGCACACAAGCCUGUAUAGGUAUCACUAUCAGUCUAUAGACUAUAGUAUACGUGAUAUACGCAUCAUCUACGCCGUUCUCAAUAAGCUUCCUGGUCCUAUUGUAUUUUCUAAGUAUAUUUGUAUGAGUAUACAAUUUGAUAGUAGCACUAUACGGUGGUGUAUUUUUCUUCUAUUUUUUGGGAUCAAAUAAAGGAGCAGCGUGAGCGUGUUUUUUUCC